CUAGGAGUAGUUGAGAAAGAAUGAAAUUUCGGUGACUCGUUUCGUUCGUUUACAUGUGGAACGAUGUCCAGUGUUCUAGCAAGGAUUUUAUUUUAUCCCACACUCGCUUACAAUGUUGUCAUGGAAAAGGUCACCUCCAGACAAUGGUUUAAUCGCGUGGAUCCGACUGUCAUUCUUGGUGCUCUCCCAUUCAGAUCAAUGACAGAUGAGUUGGUCCAAAAAGAGAAAAUCAGAGGAGUCAUUACCAUGAAUGAAGAAUAUGAAACAAAAUAUUUCUGCAAUUCAGCUGAGGAGUGGGAAGCUGUUGGCGUUGAGCAGAUCAGACUGGACACAGUGGACCUGACAGGUGUUCCCAGCCUAGAGCACAUCCACAAGGGUGUGGACUUCACUUUGAGACAUCGACAGCAAGGCAGUAGUGUCUAUAUUCACUGCAAGGCCGGCCGUUCACGCAGUGCAACUAUUGCAGCUGCAUACCUCAUCAGGCUACACUGUUGGAGUCCAGAGGAGGCCUGUAAGAUGCUGGCCUCAGUCCGGCCUCAUGUGCUGAUCCGCUCAGCCCAGCUGGAGGUGCUGCAGGAGUACUAUAAGCAAGUCUGUGCUUCCGAGUCCAGCUAGAAGAUACACAGUGUACAAAUGCCAACAUUUAUGCUGAAUCUCAUAUACGUUGUUUUUUUCCUUGCUGGAGUGCAUAUUUUUUUUAUAUAUUUGUAUAAGAUUUUGUGUACUAUACAUAAAAAUAGACUUUAAGCUAUAAUGUCAAUCUGGAUCAUCGGCUAUAUUG